AUAUAAUAUAUAUAUUUUUUUUCAACUUUCAUUUGUUGUUGUUCAAGUUGCGAAAUUACAAAAAUAUCGCAAUGACCGUGUGCAUAGCUCGACGGCAUUAGCAGCAGCAUAGCACGCGAUUUUGAAUUCGCCAUAUCGAUUACUGCCUCUACAUACAUUUCGUUCGCCGCAUUGCGUAUACGCCAGUUGAUGGGCGCCUUUGAUGUUGCUGAUGGUGGUAAAAUGGAUCGAUGCCGAAAUUGGUUUUGCGCGCGUAGUAAUAAUAAUGACUAUGCCGAGGUGGCCAUAAAUGACCCGCUGAAGAAUCUAACCAAUUCCAUUUCGGAUACAAUACGUGACCACGUUCGCGACAUGAGUGGCAGCAAUGGUGGCGGCAUAAUGACCCCAUCAUCGGUAGUACCGCCACCAUCAGCAGCAGCGACAACAACACCAAUCGCUUCGACAACCGCAUCGCAUGUGGUCACAUUUUUGGAUGAUGUCGGCGCGAGCGGUAGCAAUGGUGCGGUUACGACCAGCAGUCGUGUGGUAAGCCACACAGAAUUGCACCCACCGAUGGCUGAUGGUAAUUUGGAUGUUAUCGAAGCGAUGGAGGAUUUCGCAAACGGUACCGGUAUUGGUUUGUCACUAUGUGAUGAUAGUGUACCGUCGUCGAAAAACUGUUAUCGUCUAAUUAUGCUGGGAUCUUCACGUGUGGGAAAAUCAUCGAUUGUGGCGCGAUUUUUGGGCAAUCGAUACGAUGAUGCGUACACCCCAACCAUCGAAGACUUCCACCGCAAGCUUUAUCGUAUACGCAAUGAGGUCUAUCAGCUGGAUAUAUUGGAUACGUCGGGCCAUCAUCCGUUUCCCGCAAUGCGACGGUUGUCCUUUAUGACCGGCGACAUUUUUAUUCUAGUCUUCAGCAUGGACUCUCGUGAAUCCUUCGAGGAAGUGGUGCGAUUACGUGAGAAUAUACUGGAGACCAAAUGGGCGGCACUUAAUCCUGGUUCCGGUAUGAAGAAGAAAAGUUUACCGAAAAUUCCAAUGGUUAUUGCGGGAAAUAAAUGUGAUAAAGAACCCAAAAAAGUCCAACUGGAUGAAGUGAUGGGCUACAUAGCCGGCCAAGACAAUUGUUGCGUCUUCGUCGAAUGUUCGGCGCGACAAAAUUUCCGUAUCGAUGACUUAUUCUAUGCUCUUUUCAUGGUAUCGAAUUUACCCUUGGAGAUGGCACCCAAUCAUCAUCGGCGGGUAGUGUCUGUCUUCGGUGCGCCAUCGCCACUGCCGCCGCACACAACUAUUGGGGGGUCGAAGAAGAAUGCGCUCUCGAUUAAGCGACGUUUCAGUGAUGCCUGCGGAGUGGUAGCACCGAAUGCGAGGCGACCAAGCAUACGAACUGAUUUGAAUUUGAUGCGUUCCAAGACGAUGGCCAUGAACGAAGGCGAUGGAGCGGGUGUGGCGCGAAGGAAUAUUUGUGUUUUAAUGUAAGCUUUCGUUAUAAAUAA